UCUCUCGUCCAUAUCUCGCGUUACUCCAAAGCUUCCUCACACGAAGCUUUCAUCACCAAAGGUAAAUCCAAAUCUCAGAUCCAUUCUCUGAUUUUCACUUCGUUUUUCAAUCGAUCUGAGGGUUUUCCGAUCAAACUCUUCAGAUCACAUCCUUUCGUUUACCCUCUUUCAGAUCCUGUAACGUUCUUCCCGAAUUUACUGUAUUGUUUUGUUCUAAUUUCGUUUCAUUCACUGCGAUCCGUUUUUCGAUCCAUUGUACCGUUGGAUCUAUUUGCAUGCUAGGGAGGAUCAACGAAGUGAAGCAGAAAUGGGGCUGACAUUCACGAAGCUUUUCAGUCGGUUAUUUGCGAAGAAGGAAAUGAGAAUUUUGAUGGUUGGUCUCGAUGCAGCUGGUAAGACAACUAUUUUGUACAAGCUCAAGCUGGGAGAGAUCGUCACCACUAUCCCUACCAUUGGGUUCAAUGUGGAGACUGUGGAGUACAAGAACAUUAGCUUCACUGUUUGGGAUGUCGGAGGCCAGGACAAGAUCCGUCCCUUGUGGAGGCACUACUUCCAGAACACUCAGGGUCUUAUAUUUGUUGUAGACAGCAAUGACAGGGAUAGAGUUGUUGAGGCCAGAGAUGAGUUACAUAGAAUGUUGAAUGAGGAUGAACUGAGAGAUGCAGUAUUGCUUGUCUUUGCUAACAAACAAGAUCUUCCAAAUGCAAUGAAUGCUGCUGAAAUUACUGACAAGUUGGGUCUUCACUCUUUGAGACAGCGCCACUGGUACAUCCAGAGCACUUGUGCAACCUCCGGGGAGGGUCUUUAUGAAGGUUUGGACUGGCUUUCCAACAACAUAGCCAAUAAGGCUUAAUGCUUAUCGGGAGUAUUGUGGAUUGGUGGUUCUGGAUGCGGGGGUGAAUAUUAUCUAGCUUUCCUUUUUGAGUCUUGUGGAGCAGUAAUUCUGGAUGCAGAGGAAAAUAUUAUCUAGCUUUUAUUUCUUGGGUCAUCUUUCGAAACAACUUGAAUUUGUCUUCAUUCAUGUAUUGUGGUUUAGGAUAUUUUGGUGCCUAAAAUCGUAGUAGGGAUUUGUUUCAUGGGCUUUGUAAUACUUUUGAGCUUUUAAUUGGGUUUUGAUGCAAUGUCCAUAACUGUAAUGGAGAUACAAUUAAAUGUGACUCAUGUUCUAAUUUACAGAUUUAUUUUGGUCA